AUGGCCCCGCAGAGACCUGUGCAGCUGUCCCUGAAGAAGCCCACCUAUGCCGUGUGUGUCGUGGGAGUCGAAACGUAUGUGGAUGUUCACAGUGAUGUGCCCAAGGGCGCUGAGACCUUCGGGGUCUCUGGGAGCUCCGGGGUGGAGGUCUUCAUGGUCUACGACCCGGCACGGGUGGCAGAGCCCACGGGCAAGGCCCGCUGGCCCCUGGACGCCCGUGUGGACGUGAUCGUAUCUGUGGACGCAGCCAGUAAGGCUUUAAAUGAUCUCAAGGUGAAGGUCUCCUACUUCGGGCAGCAGGAGGGCGGUGCCCUGGGCCACAGUGUGCUGUACCUCACAGGUGCCGACAUCUCCCUUGACGUCGAUGCAGGCCGCACGGGCAAAGUGAAGAGGAGCCAAGGUGACAAGAAAACCUGGCGCUGGGGCCCUGAGGGCUCUGGGGCUGUCCUGUUGGUGAACUGUGACCGGGACAGUCUCUGGUCCAAGGGGCUUGACCUUGCCAACACCCAGCUGACAUCACUGGAUGACCUGCAGGACAUGUCCCCAAUGGUGCUGAGCUGCGGGGCCCCCGAGGAGCUCUUUGACAACCACAAGCUGGUCUUGAGUGUGCCAUUUUCUGAUUCCAAAAGACUGGGUGUCUUCUGUGCUAGGGGUGGGACUUCCCUCUCGGACUACAAGCAGGUGCUGGGCCCCCAGCACCUGUCCUACGAAGUGGAGCGGCAGCCGGGGGAGCUGAAGAUCGACUUCUAUGUGGAGGGGCUCACCUUUCCUGAUGCUGACUUCUUGGGGCUGGUCUCUCUCAGUGUCAGCCUGGUGGACACCAAGACCCUGCCAGAGGUGCCCCUCUUCACAGACACCGUGGCCUUCCGCAUGGCCCCCUGGAUCAUGACCCCCAACACCCAGGCCCCCCUGGAGCUGUAUGUGUGCAGUGUCGUGGAUGCUCAUGGCUCAAAUGAGAAGUUUCUGGAUGACAUGUCCGACCUGGUGUUGAAAGCCAACUGCAAGCUGAUUGUCUGCCCUCAGAUUGAGAAUCGAAAUGACCGCUGGAUCCAGGACGAGAUGGAAUUUGGCUACAUCGAGGCCCCUCACAAAUCCUUCCCAGUGGUCUUUGACUCUCCCAGGAACAGAGGACUGAAGGAUUUCCCUUAUAAGAGGGUCCUGGGUCCUGACUUUGGAUAUGUAACCCGGGAAACCCACUACGCUGGUGUCUCCGGCCUUGACUCCUUUGGCAACCUGGACGUCAGCCCGCCGGUCACGGUGGAUGGCAAAGAAUACCCGCUGGGCCGGAUCCUCAUUGGAAGUAGCUUCCCCAGGUCUGGUGGGCGGCGAAUGGCCAGGGUGGUGCGCGACUUCCUUCAUGCCCAGCAGGUGCAGGCACCCGUGGAGCUCUAUUCAGACUGGCUCUCUGUGGGCCACGUAGAUGAGUUUCUGAGCUUCGUGCCCACUUCUGACCAAAAGGGCUUCCGGCUGCUCCUGGCCAGCCCCAGUGCUUGCCUCAAACUCUUCCAUGAGAAGAAGGAGGAGGGCUACGGGGAGGCAGCCCAGUUUGAUGGGUUAAAGCACAAGGCGAAGAGAAGCAUUAAUGAGAUGCUGGCAGACAGACACCUCAGGAAUGACAAUCUCUAUGCACAGAAAUGUAUCGACUGGAACCGGGAGAUGCUGAAGCGGGAGCUGGGCUUGACGGAGCGGGACAUCGUCGACAUCCCCCAGCUCUUCAUCCUGAGGGGCUCCCUCGCGGAAGCCUUCUUCCCUGACAUGGUGAACAUGGUGGUCUUGGGCAAGUACCUGGGCAUCCCCAAGCCCUUCGGGCCCAUCAUCAAUGGCCGCUGCUGCCUGGAGGAGAAGGUGCGCUCCCUGCUGGAGCCACUGGGCCUUCGCUGUGUCUUCAUUGAUGACUACUUGUCCUACCACGAGCUGCUCGGGGAGAUCCACUGCGGCACCAACGUGCGCCGGAAGCCCUUUCCCUUCAAGUGGUGGCACAUGGUGCCCUGAGUCUGCUCCCCACCCUCCAUCCUCGCUGCCCACCUCCUGGGUGACCCCACCAGGGCGAGGAACCUCCACCUGGCCUGCAUCCCCACGAGUGCCUACAGACGUGCUGGUCGCCAUGGGUACCAGGAUGCUGGGAUGGACAGUACACACCCUCACCUCUGGAGCGGCCUACCCAGCUCGAGAAGGCUCACCCUCGUUCUCGCUCCUCUUCCCAUCCACAACCCCCAGGGGUUCUGAAAAAGGUCAACAGCCUUAGCACGUUCAAGGAUGGCUGUGUGUGGCCUCGGCACCCCAGUUGGAAUCCCUCCCACCCCACCCCUCUGCCCCCCGAUUUGACACUCCCUCGUGUUUGCACCAGGAAUGGGGCCUACAGGGCCUGGGCCUCGGUGUGAGGGUCUGGGGUCUAGGCCCCUGCUGGCUCUUUAAGACCAGGAAGGGGGGUUUGAGGUACCCACUUUCCUCUGCCAGCUGUAUUCUCCUGCAGGAGACCCCCAGGUUGUGACCUUCUGGCACCCCUCAGCCAUACUGACACAGGCAAAUGAGGACAGAAAAACUCAGCAUCUGAGGGCUUAUUUAAAAAAAAAAAAUAGAGGCAACAAAACCCCUUUAAUACCUGCCUCUAUCCUCAGAAGGGUGCUUGUUACCUGUUUAGAAAGCCUUUAAUUAUGAAUGCUGACUGCUUCCGGCUCAAAAACGCUGCGAGGCCAAGGUGAGGCCUGAGGAGGACACACCGAGGAGGCUGGGGAGGCAGAGGAAGCUGAGCACAAGGUUAAAACCUGAGGCCUGGCUUCUGCGCCCUGGGGAUCCCAGGCUUUGGAUUUUGGAUCCCAGAGCGAGGGGGUCUGGCUGCUCCAGCUGCAGCCAAGCGUGGGGGGCCCAGAUGUUAGAAGUGGGUGGAGGGGCCAUUAGGAUAUCUCUGAAGGUGGGGUUUAAUUUCCUUUAAUAGUCUUUAAUUAUUCCCCUUGGCUCUGCAGGCAGUGGGAGGGAAGGCUGGCCCUGUCUCUCUCAGAACCAGAGGCCUCGUACAUAGUUGCUGUGUCCCUUAUGAGUAACCCUUGUGGCAGGCCUGUGAUUUCCCCCCUUUUUUGUUGUCUUUUUAGGCCCACACCUGCGGCAUAAGGAAAUUUCCCGGCUAGGGGUUGAAUGGAAGCUGCCAGCCUAUACUGCAGCCACAGCAAUGCCAGAUCCUAGCCGCAUCCAUGCCUUACACUGCAGUUUGCAGCAGCGCCAGAUCCUUAAUCCAGUGAGUGAGGCCGGGGAUCGAACCAGCAUCCUCACGGUACUAGGUGGGUUCUUGAUCCGCUAAGCCGCAAUAGGAACUCUGGCCUGUGUCCCCACUCAUAGAAAGGAAGGCAGAGCUGCCAGGGACAGUUCACAUCCUGGCCCUGGCUGAGGUCACUGAGAUGUACACAGGCAAGCUGGCGGGGCCCCUGCAGGGCGAGCGGUGGCCCCUACCCCAGACAAGCAUAGACAGGAGGGAACCAGCCUGUCUUCCUCCCCCCAACUGCCUAUGAGGUCAUCUCAGGGGCUUUUAGCCCCUGGGCGCCAACCUUCUGGGUUUUUCUCACUGGCCCCCCGGGUGAGACUUAGACUGAGCCAGCUGCCCUUGAUCUCUUUUGGCCAUGGAACACUUAGCAACCAGAGGUGCCACCAAGGAAACCCAAUAUAUGAAACUGAUGGAAACAGAACCACUCUGGUCUCAGGUGGGGAGGGCAGGGUACCUGGAUGGCUCUGUGGCACCCCAUGGGCAAGCCCCCGCUCUAGCCUGUGCCUUUCUGCUCGCAUCCAGUUAUGAUGCAGCCUAGACUGAGCCAAGACGGGAAGGAAGUGGCUUCGGCAGCCAGGGGUGUGCAGCCGGGGAUCCCCAGGGAAAGGGCGGCAGGUGGGAGGGGAGUGGGCACUGUGGAGAGAUGGGGAGGGCGGGAAGCAAGCCUUCCAGAGUGGCACUGAGUGCCAGAAGCUCGGGAAUGGCUUCUGGGCUAUGGAGGGGAGCCCUGAUGUUCCCUCUGAGAAUGUUCCAGGUGACUGGUCACCGCCUUUCUGAUUAAUAAAAAAUGUCAACAUGCAUUUCUUCCAA